AUGACCGGGCCGGACGUGUGUGCUGCAGGCUGCCUGACGUUCUUCUGCCCGUGCGUCGUCUUCGGGAGGAUCGCCGAGAUCGUCGACAUGGGCGCCACAUCUUGCUGUGCGAGCGGGACGGUGUACGCCGCGCUGGCGUCGAUGACGGGGAUGGGCUGCCUCUACUCCUGCGGCUACCGCUCCAGGCUGCGGGAGCAGUACCGGCUCAAGGAGACGCCCUGCGGCGACUGCUGCGUCCACUGGUUCUGCGAGGCCUGCGCGCUCUGCCAGGAGUACCGCGAGCUCAAGUCCCGCGGCUUCGACAUGGCCCUCGGAUGGCAGGCCAACAUGGAGAAGAUGGGGAAGACCACGGCGCCGCAGACGCACGCGGGGAUGACUCGCUAG